AUGAAAGCCGCAUCAUCCUCUUCCUUCAGCAAACCCCCUACUGCUAGCAGCAUCGGCCGCCUGAACGGCUCAUCCAACUUCAGAACAGUUGUCAAUUUCGCUUUAGUCGCGAUAGGCGUUGGGAUCCUCGCCCUUCCGAGAGCCAUAGCUCAAGGAGGUUGGAUAGUCGGCAGCCUUCUUCUCCUCAUUGCUUGGGCUGUCUCCCAAUACGCCAUUUUCUUACUGUGGAAAUGUAUGGUCAUGCCUCCUGACGGCAACGAGAAAUUCACAUCGUUUCAAGCAAUCGGCCGUGAGUGCUUUGGCAGAGUUGGCAUCAUGAUGCCUCUUGCAUGGAUGCCUACUAUGAAAGAGGUGGCCUUCGUCUCGGGUUUGGGGAUUGCUGCCGCCUUAGUAACUGUUAUCAUGAUUAUCGUUGCAUCUUCGAGAGAAGCAGUGGACCCUGUGAGCCAUCACGACUAUGAUUUGGUGCCAUCCACACCGAUGUAUGCAACACUAUCGUUUACCAACUUUAUGAAUGCCUUUACUGUAGCACCCGUCGUGCCCACUCUGAUAAAUGAUAUGAGAAGUCCCAUGAGAUUCCCACGAGUUUCUGUCAUUGGGUUCCUCCUGGUCUUCAUUAUCUUCGCGUCAAUCGCCUUCGCAGGAUACGCUGGUUUUGGCGUAGGCUCUUCUGCUAGAGUAGCUAACACACGGCAGGGGAAGCAAGUGCCGGUCAGUGGCGGAAAGCGGCCCAAUGAAGUAGAAGUCCCGAAGGGUGGAAGCGAUCGUCUCGCCGGUCAAAACCUUCUCGGUCAAGCCCAGGCUGAGUUCGAUCGUCUUGUAUCGGAGUGCGGCAAAUUACGGAAGCACCUGGCGGCGAACCAGCAGGCGUCGGAGUCGCAGCGAACGACCAUUGGGGAGCUGGAAGCUAAGCUGAAUGAAUCUCAAGCGGAGAUGGACGGGUUGAAGAGAGAGGCCAGUGAUCGGGAGGCUGAGCUACGCGAGUCCCUUUCGGCUGCCAAGAGCAAAAUAAAUGAUCUUCAAAUGAUGAACAAGAGAAUGAAGGAGGAGCUCGCCGCAGUUCGAGAGGAAUCGGAGUCACGGCGACAAACAUGCGAUCAGCUCGGGGAGCAAAUUGCGAAGCUGCAAGCUGAUAGCAAGACUAGUGUCGCUGAAGUCGCCUCCCUUCGCGAACAUGUGCGUUCGAUCUUCUGCUCUGUAGACUAUCAUGCGCAUCGGGGCAUAGGGAAAGGGUUUACCGCCAGCCGGUCGGACAGGGUCCGAUGCGGCAACCAGAUAGCAGCGGCUCUUCAACAGGAAGCAGUACGGUUGAGGUAUCGAAAGGGAACACAGACCCGCAAGAAGAUAACUUAG